AUAUAUAUAUAUAUAUAUAUAUAUAAAACACUGUAUACACAUACAUACAUGUCGACAUACUCUUCAUGAAAUAAUCUAUUUUCGUCGUCAUCCUCGUCACUGUCGCCGUCACCGUUGUCGUUGUCGUCAUCGUCGUUACUAGCGAAGCUUGUGAAAAUUUUUUAGCAAUUUUGAUCCUAAUGUGAAUACUAAAGUGAAUACUAAAGAGAAUUUUACGUUUCGUUAUUUCGUCGGAAUGUGGAAUACAAAUUUGAUCGCAGACAUUAUACAUUUCUCAUUAUAUACUGUAGGAUAGAUCUGUUCAAAUUAAAAUAUUCGAAAGACACUUUUUUUGGAAAGUAAGUUAAUGUAUCCAUAAGUAACAAAAGUGUUUCAACGUUUUCAUUUAAUUGUUCUAAACUAUAUAAGGGCAGGAAUGCAAUUAACCCGUAAAGACAUUUUUAAAGGGAAUCAAAGUUCGCAUAAUCGCAUAUUCCUUGAUAUAACUUUAUUCCGCGAGCUUCCGAAAAAUAGUUGGAGAGAUGCGAUCGUUCGGUGUUAAGAACACGGGUGAUUAUCGGUAAAAGCGGUGAAAGGUUCAACUAGUCGGUCUUCGACCGAGACGGAUCGCUUGCAACAAAUGCAUUCGUUACGAUUACCUCAUUGCGUUCUCUCGUGACGCUUUGUCCUGACCACGCACCACACGUUAAACACGCUUUAAAGCAUUUCUAAACUAUGUGUUACUGCGACUUAGGCGAGCGUCAACUUUCGCGUAACAGACGAGUUUGCAAAACUCUCUUGUCUGGAAGUACGGAACUCGACAUUUUUUCAGUGAAAGAAAAAAGAAGAAAAAAGAAGAAAAGGAAAAAGAAGAGAAAAGAGAAAAAGAGGAAAAAACGAUGUAGGUCAGAUUUUUUUACAAUCCUGAUAUCUAUAUAUAUAUAUAUAUAUAUAUAUAUAUAUAUAUAUCUAGGGAAGACAUGAAGACAUCUGCGGGCAGGUAACUUUGAAUAAAAUAACAUGGUUUAAAAUGAUGUAGUGCUUAGGAACGAUCGAGGACAAUUUUUGUAAAUUUUGCUUUUCGUACGAUCCUUUUAUAAAACUCGUUAAAUACAAGGUUCAAUGUUUGACGAGAAUCAUUAUGACGGAAGUUAUCAAACGUUUCAUCCGACAAAACCGGUAUUCAUCGUAUAAUCGCAUGUUUCUUAUUAUUAUUCCGUUUCGCUUCGUUGUAAAUUUUUCUAGUUUUAUGAUUUCUUUAAGCGUCGAAAUCCAUGAGAAAGGUUUAGUAAGUACUUGUAUCGUCGAAGAGGGAUAAAUGCGAAAACAAAAUGGUCGCCGCUUCAGGCCCCGCUUAUCGACACGUACGGAACCAAUUCCAUGAGUGAAACCGGUUUGGAACUAGUUUUCUUCGGUUUUUCGGCCCUUCCCCUCGCAAGAUCCUGUCGCAUACGACUCGAGCACGAGUCGCAUUCGUGUACGGAAUCUCUCUCGGACGUGUGCAAAGUUUCACGGAGGUCACACGGAGGUAUAACCUUAGAAAUGGCAGACGACGAGAAAGAACAGAGAGGUCCGAACGUCGAUGGAAAUCAAAUGGAAAUCAAAAUAGAGCCUACGAUGCAAUGUUACGUCGAGGAGGAACAUGAAAAUAGUUUCUCUAGUUUCGAAGGUAACGGCGCGAUACCCUCUACCGCGGACGUUGGUGCUUUGAAUCUAUGGACUAGCAAGGCUACCACCUGUCUCAUCGGUCAAUAUAAGAAAUAUCGAUCGAUGGUCGGACAAUCGACGCAGAUCAGAAGUUUACGAGAGAUGUUUGAGAUGAUAUCUCUCGAGAUGCAAAAUUAUGGCUUUUAUUUUAGUCCUCAAAAGUGUGAGAACAAGUGGCGUGUUUUAGAGCGUAAGUACAAAAAUUUAGUCUUCCGGGAACGAUUGAAAAAGCCUGGAAGAAUGAGACAUUAUGGUCAUUGGGAACAUAAGAGAGCCCUCGAUGAAAUAUUCAAUGAGAAAGAGAGACAUGUGUAUUUCGAAGAAAACGAUUUUCCGUCGCCGACAAGAUCAGUUAAAUACUCUCGGAUGAUUCUACCAAAAACAACGUCGGAACAACCCACGAGCUCAUCCAAUUCUAAUAACAAUCAAAAUAAUGAUCCGUUGGCUACGUUAAUAUCGAACGCAGUACCGGAAAAACAAGUACCGGAAGAAUCAGACUACAAGGUUACUUUGACGACGCUAUUUGAAAGGUUUUUGGAAGAAAUGGGAAAGAACUUUGCGUUGGCCGAACGAAACAAGGAGAAACGACAUAAGGAGGAAAUGGCAAUGCGCCAGAACGAGUUGGAAGUAAAAAGAAGAUUGUUGAAAUUGAAAGAACAAAAGAUAGAAUUACAAAAGUGUCAAAUGAUCGCUGCUGCUCAACAUUUUCAUCUUAACAAACAGUAAUCCUCUAUAUCGAAUUUUAUCUUACAUUUCGUCGUUUUUUUCUUUUUGCUAACUUUUUUCCAACUAUUCUCUCCAAGUCACUUUUUAUUUUUUAUAAAAAGAUCGGAUUAUAUGAUCGGGCGGAAGCUUCAAUAUUUGCUUGUUGGUAAAAAAUGGUAAGUAAUAGAAUGCAAUAAUCGAAGAGAGAGAGAGAGAGAGAGAGAGAGAGAGAGAGAGAGAGAGAGAGAGAGCGAGCGAAAGAUCUUAAUAUAGGGCGAUUAUAUUUCAAAUAAAAUGAAUGCACAAUAAAAUAUUUGCUAUUACGAAGAUAAUCAUUCUAAUUCUUACGAGGAAGUUAAUAAGACGAUGAAUACAGAUGCAUUGCUGAAAAGCGUGUGAAAAGAGAUAACGUAAAGAAGUCGCCAAGGUAACAUUGAAAAACAAUUGAUAAAAAAAUGAGAUAAAACGAUUGCACUUUGAUUCAGAUAAGGUCAAAAGAGUAAUGUAGAAUUUUAUGAAUUUCAACAUCGUAUUCCGCUUUAAAAAUUUAUAUUGUCUAUUAAAUCUUCAGACAUAUUAAUCUAUAAAUUAUAUCUUGAUGCUUAUGAUUAACAUUCAAAGAUCAUGUGAAUGAGAAUGAAACUUGAGGAGAAUAAACACAAUUUUUCAAGGUAAAUAAUAUUUUAAAUAUACAUAAAUAAAAAUCCAAUAGUUGAAAGCAGUUUGGUAUAAAACCCUAUCGCCGUUAGAUGGUGCUCGGAAAGUUUUAAUGUUAUUUUCAGUCGAUAAUGAAGGACUGUUCGACUAGCCUAUUCCAAGAGAUGGCGUAGAUAAUAAUGACGGUAAAGAAACAUGCAAAAUCAAUAUCUUUUUUCUUUUCUUUUCUUUUCUUGAUAAUAUAAAUAACAAAUAAAAAUAAGACUGUAAAGUCCAAUUUUUAAUUUUCUAUUUAAAUGUAGAUCAUUCAAAUAAUGUCACGAAUAAUUGACUUGCUACUAGUUAUUUUUACAAUUAAAGUUAUAUUUUAAUGUCGUACAUUUUUAAUACUUAUUGAUGUUGUGAGGGAAAAUCUGAUUGAAGAUAAUAUUUAAAUAAUACUGUAAAAAUCGUGUAAUUUAUUUUUUUUCUUUUCAUAAUUAACAAUAAUAUCACACAUGGAGAGUAUAUACGCAUGCACUGUUUUGUAAAGUUAAUUCGUAGACAUUAUAUGGAUAUCAAUAUCCAAGAUUAAUCUAUUCUAAUUUUUAUUAGACAAAGUAUUGACUGAAGAUAAAUCUAAUCUGUUACGUUACCCUGGCGACGCACAGUUUAAUUCAG